AUGCUCCAAUUGCGGCUGAACCCGGCAAGAUUCCAAUUAUCGCCCGACCAGAGAUAUUUGCUGUUGGCGCAGAACGUUCAGAAGCUGUUCAGGCAUUCGUAUCUUGCUCAAUACACCAUUUAUGAUAUACAAACAGGGAACGAUUUCCCGCUACGUCCAUUACCGGAAAGCGACGAUCAUCCGUACCUGCUAUUGGCGCAAUGGGCGCCCAGAGGCCAUGGGCUGAUCAUGGUCCAAGAUUAUGAUAUUUACUAUAGGAAAACCCCCAAUUCCCACACCGGCUACAGGAUAACUUAUACGGCGGUGCCCGGAGUCGUGAGCCACGGAGUUCCGGACUGGCUAUACGAAGAGGAGAUUCUCGCAUCAAACACAGCCCUCUGGAUGUCGCGUGACGGUCUGCUGUUAAUCUUCGCCUCUUUCAACGACAGUCUGGUGGAAGAGUUGCGCUUUCCCUGGUACGGAUCUGCGAGCGACGGCCGCCUUUAUCCGGACAUACGGUCGCUACGGUAUCCUAAACCGGGAACCAGAAAUCCCCAGGUAACGCUCACCAUCGCCGAUCUAGCCGACACCUCAAAUAUUAAGACGAAAACGGUCAUUCCGCCUCCCGUGAUGCAAAAUAUUGACUAUUACUUCACCGCCGUAUCGUGGAUCAGCUUGACUGAAAUAUCCGUAGUUUGGCUGAAUAGACCGCAAAAUUUAUCCGUGGUCACCAUAUGUACCAGCCCCAAAUGGGAUUGCAAAGAGACUCAACGGAUAGUCAGCGACGGCCAUGGAUGGGUCGACAUGGGUGACAGUCCCGUGUUCGGGACCGACAGCACGAACUACAUCACCAUAGCCCCGGUUAGGGACGGGCCUGCGGGCAACUUUCGGCAUGCGGUUUCUGUUAACAUACCGAAGAGGAGGAUCAUUCCGCUUACGCAUGGUCGAUACGAGGUCGCCAGGAUACUUACGUGGGAUUACUCCAAUGACGUCAUAUACUUUUUGGGUAUUCCCGAAGGACAUCCAGGCCAACAGCACCUCUACCGUGUAACCUCAGUACCACCGCGUACAGGAGCAACUCUUCCCCCGCCAGUGUGCAUAACAUGCGUGCCAGAGCCCACUCCUACCAUACCUCCAUUCAUCUCCAUCGAUGAAAAUGUGUACGUUGUUAAAACGCGAGAAUUUUGGGAGGAGGACGAUGAGGACAUCGUAAUUACCACUCCAGCUCCAAAAAGGAGGAAAAAGAAGGUUAAGAAACGUGUGACUGAACCUCCUUGUCUGUACCACAAUGUGAUUUUUAGUCCCAAUUCGAGGUACUACGUUUUGGAGUGUCUAGGACCAGGAAUACCGACAACCAGUUUGUUCAGAACGCAAAUGCCCAAACCGAAAUUGCUGUUGCACAUGCAAAACAACACCAGGCUGCGAGAGCGGGUGGCCAAAAUGGCAAUGCCGCAAAUUAAAACGUUUCCGGUGCAAAUUUCAGGAGGAUAUCAAGCGCACGUUCGCCUCCAUUUGCCACCAGGUCUCAGGGAGGACGAGAUAACGAGGUAG